UCUGCUAGCUUUGCUUCAAAAGUAUCUCUGACAAUGUUCUCUGAUAAGAUAAAAACACUUUUAACCGACUUUUGCUCAAGAAUGGAUGGUGGAGGUCUAGUGUUUAUACUCUAAAAUGUCUUUAACGUCGUCACGUGAUCGUAAGACGUGUCCUUUGGUCCAAUAAAGACAUAUUUAGUCUAAAACAAACAAACUAUUGACAUAUUUAGUCUAAAUCAAGCAAACUAUUGACAUAUUUAGUCUAAAACAAGCAAACUAUUGACACAUUUAGUCUAAAACAAGCAAACUAUUGACAUAUUUAGUCUAAAUCAAGCAAACUAUUGACACAUUUAGUCCAAAACAAGCAAACUAUUGACAUAUUUAGUCUAAAUCAAGCAAACUAUUGACACAUUUAGUCUAAAACAAGCAAACUAUUGACAUAUUUAGUCUAAAUCAAGCAAACUAUUGACAUAUUUAGUCUAAAACAAGCAAACUAUUGACAUAUUUAGUCUAAAACAAGCAAACUAUUGACAUAUUUAGUCUAAAACAAGCAAACUAUUUAUCAAGGCCAACUUUUCUGGGCGUGGCCGGCUAGCCCGCCUGCUCCAACUCGUCUUCUUCCGGGAGCAGCGCUGCUUAUUUCACCUUCUACUUCUUCUACUUCUUCUACUUUUUCUACUUCUUGUACAUCUUGUACAUCUUGUACAUUUUCUACAUUUUCUACAUCUUGUACAUUUUCUACAUCUUGUACAUACAUUUUCUAUAUUUUGUACAUUUUCUACAUCUUGUCCAUUUUCUACAUCUUCUACAUAUUGUACAUCUUCUACAUCUUGUACAUUUUCUAUAUUUUGUACAUCUUCUACAUCCUCCAUCUGGAGCCAAGAGGUCGUCCUCAACUUGAAUGGAUACAAAAGCUGAGUGACGCCAAGAUGACCGAGCAGCUCCAGAGGGUUCUAUCGGAGAAGAAGGACCUGGUGGAGACGGUGAUGGAGGCCUUCGAGCAGGGCGCCGAGGUGGUGGCCAGCAUCGUCGGCGACCUUUUCCCCAUCUUCUCCAUCGCGGCGCCCAUCGUCAAGCUGGCGCUGGACAACGUGGAGUGCAAGGAGGCGGUCUACAUGAAGGAGCAGUUCCAGAAGGUGCGCGACCGCCUGGAGGUGGUCAGCGAGCAGAUGCAGAGGAUCCACGAGGAGAUCAAGAAGAGCGCCAUGGACGCCGCCUACUUCUCUGUGGAGGAGAACAUCACCAACCAGUUCAGGAAGUACAUGGACAUCCUCAACGCCAAAGCCAAGUUCCGGGAGGUGAAGAAGAAUCUCUUCCUGCAGCAUUUUGACAAGACGGGCGGCGACAAGAACCUCCAUGUUCUCUACAACGCCGUGAUGGGCAACACCUUCUCCGGGGAACCGGUGCUGGAAAUUGUCCUCAACUACGAGGAGAAGAGUCGGCGGCCGACGGAGGACUUCUGCGCCCGGCUGAAGAACCUCUUCUGCGUGGGGCUCAUCGCACUGUUGGGCCACGCCGCCCUGAAGGGCUAUGGCGAGGAGGAGGCGCUCCUGAAAGACUGGGGCGAAAAGAUGAAGGCGGUCCAGGGCAAAAUGAACGCCGUCAUCGAGGAUUGCAUCGUCAGCUUCCCCAAACAAGCGGAGCUGGAUUUACGUCGGCUGGUGAGGGACAACCCGGCCUGGAGCAACCAGCAGCUGGCCGACGCCAUCAUAGACGCGCUGAAGAAGAAGUACGACUGGGUCGGCUGGUCGGUGCGUGUCUUCAAGCCCCCAUCGGGCCUCUUCGCCAAGAAGGAUUAUCACUGCGCCACGGGGAGGAACCGCUUCCAGGUGCCCACGCCGGACAACAAACCCAUCGUGGUGGUGUCCUACAGCUCCUCCCCAGAACCCGUGGACCACCACCAGAUCCAGCAGCUGAUCCACAGCCAGAAGAAGCUCAGCCCGGCGGCCGUGUCCGAAAUGCUGUUUGAGAAGCUGCCCGACUGUGCGGUCCAUGCGGCAAAGACCAGCAAGGACCUGGUCUGCACUUGGAGCUUCUCAGACCAGUUUCACUACUGGGAGCUGCACAAGAACUUGUACGUCUGCGUCCACUCCGCCUGACACACCUUGCUGCUCACUGCUCCCCUCAUCUCCCUGGCCGAGUCAUACCAAAGACUAUAAAAAUGGGAUC